AUGACGUCUACCAAGCACGGAAUUUUACUAGUUCAAUAAUAUUUAUAUAUUCAUUAAGAGAUAAAUAUUACUUUUAGUCAAGCUCGGCUGAGUUGAAACGGGUUCUUUUAUGCGAGGAUACUUUACGUACAACAGGAGAUUUUUGAUAAGUGUGGCAGGAUGUUUGCUUAGGAAAAAGGGGGAGGUGAUCGGCCAUUUGUUGGCUUUUGAAGUGACGGAGCAGGGGUAAAUAUGUAUUAUAAAGAGCAUUAAAGUUGUAUUGUAGAUCAAUAUAGCACACAGUUCAAGUUUUAACGAGCGAUACGUGAGGCCAAACACUUACAGAUAUCUAUCUCAUAGGUGUUUGCUGUGUGACAACACAUCUGUGAAGGUGAAUGAUUAUCGGCUGUGUAUUAGCACAGACCAUUUACCGUGUAUAAUCGAAAUCUGCGGAACCGGUGUUAUUUGCAGUGGAAUCGUAGAUAAGACUUUAACACACUGUUUCUUGAUUCACAGAUACUAUAGGUUAAGCCGGAGACCUAUAACACUGAAUGAACAUGAUGACUAGCAGUCAAGACAGGAUGGCCGUAUUUGCGGUAGUGAGAUUUGAGUGAGGGCUCGGUGGCUUAGAAACGGAGUUUACCAUGGAAGUUCUACCCUGGAAAUAUUCAUGUAUUGGACUGUGACACUUUGGAAGGAAGGAUGUGGAUUUGGCUUAGCUUGUGUGUGACCAUUUGUGUGGGUGUGGAAUUGGAGUGUCCCAGUGUGACCCCCGGGACGAUCCCCGGGGUAGUGAAAAUGUCUUUUCUUACAUCUGUUUGGGGUCAGGGGCAGGGUAAGUGGAUUGGGGGUGCCUACUUUCAAGCCAUGAAAGAUGUCAACACGAAAACGAAAUUGUUGCCUGGCUAUUCUAUGGAAACCUUGUUCGCGGACACUCAGGAAGAUACAAUGGACUCCCUCCAAGCAAUGACAGACCAGUACAUGAACGGAACAUUCGGAUUCAUAGGGCCGGACGGCACGUGCGCCAUUGAAGCUACAGUGGCCACAGCCUGGAAUUUGCCGAUGAUUUCAUACGGUUGCCAUGACUUUGCAAUGUCACGUGUUCCCCACGUGACCAGGCUUCAGUCGACGUUCAUCCAAAUUCAACCAUCCACGUCCAAAGUGUCCAAGUCGAUUCUAGCUGUGCUUCAGUACUUCAAAUGGCGGACCGUUACAAUGGUUGUCGGUACGUCGGACGUGUGGAACCAGACAGCUUGCAGCCUCCAGCAAAUGACGUCAGACCAUGACAUCAAAGUGACGCAAAAGGUUUACUUUAAGGAGCCUUACCCAUCCAACACAAACUUCCCGGCAAUUGUAGAGAAAACGUACAGAAGAACAAGAAUUUACAUUUUUCUGGGAGAUUAUUACGCUCUGAUCGAUUUUGCACGAGCGAUUGACCGGAAGCCGGAGACGAACACAGGAGAAUAUGUCAUUAUUGCGCGGGCGGCAGACGACCGACCGUAUAACACGGAAGACCACAACUUCUUCAUUAAAACUCCCUUUGAAGUUAACGUUACGGAGGAGUGUGUAUCUGCCUUCCGGUCUGUGCUGCUGUUGGUCCCUAGGGCUCCAAAUAACCCUCACUGGGAGACCUUCCUCCAGAACGUCCGGGACCUCAAUCAUAAGCCACCGAUCAAUCUGCCACCUCUUCCGCCAAUCGUCUCCAAGCACCACGUGCCUAUCUCAGCCGCUUAUCUGUACGACGCAGUGAUGGUGUUUGCUAAGGCGAUGGCCAAAGUCAUAGGGAUGGGAGGAUCUCCACGAAACGGUUCCGCAGUUAUACAACAAAUCAGAAACAGCAAGUUCCACAGUAUACAAGGAUAUGACGUGUACAUCGAUGCGUUCGGUGAUGCUGAGGGAAACUAUUCCGUCCUAAGUCUUACCAGUGAGUUCCCAGGUCGCUUGGAACAAGUCGGCGACUUCAAAAUGAUGUCUGACGAGCUUGCUUAUCCGGACUUUUAUCUCAAGCAUGAUAUCAACUGGCAAUUGGGAAGAGUUCCCCGAGACGAGCCAGAAUGUGGAUUUGACGAGGAGCGCUGUCAGUACGAGCCAGAUUGGAAGAUAGCCACCAUCUGCAGUGUGGUGGCCGCCGCGUUUUCGGUGGCCAGCGUAUUUGCAUGCAGGCAUUAUCUCUACGAACAAAAGCUGGCCCGACUGUUGUGGAAAAUAGAGUACAAAGACUUAAUCCUAGUGGAUUCCGUCAAUGAUAUCAUUCCGCCCGCAUGUCCAAAGCGCAAAUCCACGAAUCCGUGGAGGUUCCUUAUAUCCAGUGACGAACCGGAAAGAGCAACAUUACUUGGAAACACUAAGGGAGAUAUGAAAAAUGGUGAAUCCAAAAAAUCAAUUAUCAUUGGAUCAUUAAAAGGAACAAUUGUGGCAAUAAAGCAUAUUUAUAGAAAAAAUGUGGACAUUAAUCGAUCCUUAAAAAAGCAACUUCAGUUGCGGAAAGAGCUAAACCAUGACAACAUCAACAGAUUCAUUGGUGCCUCCGUCGAUCCUCCCCGAGUCUACAUCAUCGCUCAGUUCUGUGCGAGGGGCAGUCUAGCGGAUAUCCUACAGAAUGAUGAUCUGCACCUUGACGAUAUGUUCAUAGCAUCUUUAGUAGCAGAUCUGAUUAAGGGGAUGCUAUUCAUCCACGAGAGUGAGUUGGUGUUUCAUGGUAACCUAAAGUCCAGUAAUUGUCUAGUUGACAGUCGCUGGGUAUUACAAAUAAGUGAUUUUGGCUUACACCACCUGAUGUAUAAGGAUACUUCUCCAAAACACGACACAGAUACGUAUUUUAAAGGUUUACUAUGGAAAGCGCCAGAACUACUGCGAGACAUAAGCCAUAACAUAUUUGGUUCCCAGAAGGGCGACAUCUACUCGUUUGCGUUGAUUUUAUUUGAAACUCAUGCACGGAAGUGGCCAUGGGAGGACACUGAACUCCCCCCGAAAGAAAUAAUCCGCAAACUGCGUGGAGGAGGGGAACACGUGAUCAGACCGGAUGUAGCAACGCUACGUUGCGAGGACUAUAUUAAACAAUGCAUAACCGACUGCUGGACCGAAAAUCCGGAAGCUAGGCCCGACUUCAAAUAUGUACGAUACAGACUACGACCCAUGCAACAGGGUCUAAAACCUAAUAUAUUUGACAACAUGCUGGCUAUAAUGGAAAAAUAUGCAAAUAACUUAGAAGCGUUGGUAGCCGAAAGAACCGAGCAGCUCUCUCUGGAGAAGAAAAUGACCGAGAAUCUACUGUUUAGAAUGCUUCCAAGGUCGGUGGCGAACCAGUUGAAGCGAGGCUACAUGGUUGCCCCUGAACACUACGAAUGCGCCUCCAUUUACUUUAGUGACAUAGUGGGUUUCACAGCUUUGUCAGCGGAGAGCACACCAAUGCAGGUGAUAGACAUGCUGAAUGAACUUUACACGUGCUUUGACUCGAUCAUUGAACACUAUGACGUGUACAAGGUGGAAACGAUAGGAGACGCCUACAUGGUCGUGAGUGGUCUCCCCCUUAGAAACGGAAAUCACCACGCGGGAGAAAUAGCGUCAAUGUCUCUACAUUUACUGAAGGAAAUAAAGGCUUUCCGAAUACGACAUCGACCAGACGAUACACUUAAGCUACGCAUAGGAAUACACUCUGGUCCGUGUGUUGCCGGAGUAGUGGGAUUACGAAUGCCAAGGUAUACCCUGUUCGGAGACACCGUUAACACCGCAUCCCGGAUGGAAACCACGGGAGUUCCAUUGCGGAUUCACUGCAGUCUUGAAUGCAAGUUGUUACUAGACAGAUUGGGUGGAUACAAGUUAUUAGAGCGAGGAUUUGUGUCGAUGAAGGGUAAAGGAGAACAGUUUACAUAUUUUCUGGAAGACCAAGAGACCUCCGUCAGAAUACGACGUAUAUCAAAAUCAGACAGGAUGUCCCGAACAGAGUCGCAUGACAGCCAAGCAACGGACACAGACCAUUCCGUUGUGGACUCAAAAUGUAGGGUUAGGACCCGAAACGGCCACAUUCCAAAGGAGAAUUGUAUGCUUAAACUACGCGAAAUGUCGAUGAAGUAUUUGACAAGUAGUGAUUACUGUGUACAUGACGAGAAGAAAGCAGAGUGUGAAACAACUCAACCGUCAAACGCACCCGACGCACAUCAAAACAAUAACACGCAGUCGCAUGAUUACUCAUGCGCUUACUUCCGGGAACAGGAAACAAUGCCCCUAAUGCUGGUCAAGGACGGUAAUAACGGAUAUGUAGGACCGGAGAAGGCCGAUUUCGCAGAAGACGUCGUGUGAUUGUCAGCCGUUUUGUUUUCAUUUAUUGUGACGUCAUGUGUUUAACACUCUGUUGGUCCGUCCGUCCGAACAUCCGUGAAUAUCGAUGGUUUCAUCUUCUCUGUCGACGGAAAUAUCUUACGUUUAAGUUGGAGCACUGCGAUAAAACGUACAAUAUGCUAAUAAUGUGUGUAAGAGAGAGAGAGAGAGAGAGAGAGAGAGAGAGAGAGAGUAAUUGAAAUAUUACCUGUUUAAGGCUUGCAAUACUCAGUCUAUUUAUAUUUGAAGAAACGAAUGAUACUGUUACUGUCAUAGAAGGGCUCGUCUCAGGAAAGACAACUCGUGAACGUGUAUGAAUAAUACGAAAAUAAGCAUUCGGCUAUAAUUUAUUUGUACAGUUAAAAACCUUGUCUUGUGUUAUGUAUGUCAAUAUUAAUGUUGUAAAAAUGCGUUACAAUCAAAGCAGGUUUAUUGAGUGUGCAAUGAACUUCAAAAGAAAGUUGGUACAGGCAUGCGCUGAUGCUUUUACCUGACCGUGACGUCAUAUUUGCUUGUCGGACACGAUGCCUUAUACAUUAUCCGACAAAUCAUGAAUUAGUUAAGGUGGACAUAUCCAGCAUUCCGUCUGGUACAUGUAUGUUCGUCUUUUUUCUACUUGUAGUUGAUAUUCGACGGAGUUAUUCAUAUUUCUUUUUUUUAUGUGACAAAAGUAUCUCCGCUGCAGAAUUUUGAUUCUUGGAUCUAUGCUAAAAUAUUUUUUCCUGCAACCUUAGUCGGAAUAAUUUCACCACAGCCUUCCUUAAAAACGCCCGCAAUCUAUCAUUUUCUGUUAAAAAAUAUUGACGAAAUAACAUAAAUAUAACAGGAAAAUAAUUGCCUGUAAACUGUGAAAAAAGUGAUGGAACUCUCUACCUUUAGAUUAAAUGCACAGGUGAGGUACAAUGUAUAUAUUAUAUUCUUUCCUUUGUAGAUAUAUUUAUCAAGUGUAUGUCCGUAUUAUGUGUGUAUGCUCUAUUGUCAUUCCAUUAUAAUAGCUACAGUCUACCAGCGGUUUUACGUUAUCCUAGAUAACUUUAAUGUUAAUAUUGCCUUUUUUGUCCCCUUUAUUUAUUUAUAUUUCCUUUAUGUUACAAUGUAUAUAUAUUCAUAUUAUAUAUGAAUUUUCCGUUUGUCUCAAAGUUUAAAUGGCGAUCUAAAGAACUUCGACAUAUCGAAGUUUUAAUGUAGAUAUUUUUGUUGUGCCCAAUUUAGUACGGUUGUACCGACUAUCUGUUUAGAUAUUUAUUUGUUAAUAUGCUGAAAUAACUGUGAUAAUAUGCAUAAGUGAACAAUUAAAUAAUAUGCAUUAUACUAUAUGUGCACUUGUCAAGCAGCUUAACCUAUGAAUUUCGUUAAAUAAAAGAAUCCACUGAGUCCACAAUGACUUGUUACUGUAUACUUAAAUGUACCAAACCGUAAUUCAUUAUCGUAUGUAUUGGAAAACACGAAUGUAUAUAAUGUUUAUAAUAAACUCGUAUAUAAAACCAUUGUAUACAUAUAAAUAUGAAAUUAUUAUACAAGAUAUAAUACAAACACAAUACAUAUAUGUUACACAUAAAUUACACGUACUUUACACGUUACAUUAUGCUAAAUUUUCACUAAUAUAACACGUACACUACACAUACAUUACACAUACUUUAGACGUAAAGUGAACAUAUAUUACACGUAUAAUAAUCGUACAUUACAUUUGUGUACAUGACGCAGACAUUACCCUAAAUAAAACGUACAUUACACAUACAAAACGCGUACUGUGAACGCACAUGUGUAAGUUACACACUCAUUACACACACUUAUUACAUACACCUAAUAUGUAUUUGACUUACACAUACAUAACACUUACCUACUUAACAUAUAUUAACGUUACACGACACGAACAUAUCACGAGCAUAAAACUUACAUUUGCAAUGUCAAUGUUGAAAUACUACUAGUGUACAAACAUGUAUGUUACUGACGGGUAUUUUUUCUAUGAAUUAAGUUGUAUCAAGAUACAUUAUCUUCAAUGACACAUUUAGUAAAUUUUCAAAUUCAGUGAAUAUUGUUAUUUUGUAAAAAUA